AUGCAGAGACCCAGCGGCCAAGGGGCCGCCUUCUCCAUUGACUCGCUGAUCGGGACCCCGCCGCCGCGCUCCGGCCACCUGCUCUACACCGGCUACCCCAUGUUCAUGCCCUACCGGCCGCUGGUGCUGCCCCAGGCGCUGUCGCACGCACCCCUGCAGUCUGGCCUCCCCCCGCUCGCCCCGCUGGCCUCCUUCGCCGGCCGCCUCACCAACACCUUCUGCGCCAGCCUGGGCCAGGGGGUGCCCUCCAUGGUGGCGCUCACUACGGCGCUCCCCAACUUCAACGAGCCCCCGGAUGGCUUCUACCCGGCGCAGGAGCUGCCGGCUGCGCGCACCAACCCGGAGCCGGGCUGCAGGCGGAGCGCCGAGAACUUGGAGGCGGAGGAGCUGCCCCCGGCCCGGGACAAGGGGCCCCCCGAGCCGCCGCUACACUUCCCGGACCCCUUCCCCAACCUGCCAGCCGAUGGCAAGGCGUACAGCUCCGACGAAGAGAAGCUGGAGGUGAAAUCGGCAGAGACCCCGUGCAGUGAGAGGGAAGAGGAGAGCUCCACACCUGACAGUGAGGAGGAGAGCUUCCUGGAUGGGAGCAGUGCCAGCUGCCUGGGGCCCAAGCCCAAACCCAAGAGCAGCUCCGGUGGGGAGCAGGCACCCCCUGGCUCCAACCCGGGGAAGAGCCGCCGGAGGCGCACGGCCUUCACCAGCGAGCAGCUGCUGGAGCUGGAGAAGGAAUUCCACUGCAAGAAGUACCUGAGCCUGACGGAGCGCUCGCAGAUCGCCCACGCCCUCAAGCUCAGUGAGGUGCAGGUCAAGAUCUGGUUCCAGAACCGCCGCGCCAAGUGGAAACGCAUCAAAGCCGGCAACGUCAACAACCGCUCUGGUGAGCCCGUCCGCAACCCCAAGAUCGUGGUGCCCAUCCCCGUGCACGUCAACAGGUUCGCCGUGCGCAGCCAGCACCAGCAGAUAGAGCAGGGCAGCCGGCCCUGA